AAAUUGGUAGACGCUUCGGAAUUGCCACCCCGCUGAUCCGACCCGAUCGGUCAUUCGGUUCGGGUCCUGUGGGGCGGACCGGGAGAUGCGAGUCUCCCAUUCAUCCCGAAGUCCAUAUCUCGUCUUCCGUCGGACUCGGGAACCGGAGAGCUUCGUUCCUCCACCUCCGCACGAGGUGACUGUGUUUAGUCUUUUCAAAUGGAAUCAAACAUGGACCCUGAACACCACGUAAUGAUUGAAGAAAGUUCUCCUAAAAGCUUUCAAAUUGAUCCAAGAAGAGCGCGCUUCCCAUACUGCAUUGUCUGGUCACCCCUUCCGGUCAUCUCGUGGCUUAUCCCUUUCAUUGGGCAUGUUGGAAUAUGCCGAGAGGAUGGAGUAAUCUUGGACUUUGCAGGGCCCAAUUUUGUAUGCGUUGAUAACUUUACAUUUGGGGCAGCAACUCGUUACCUACAGAUAAGCAAAGAGAAGUGUUCUUUUCUGCCCUGUAAAUCCGACUACAACGAGGAUCAAAACCAAGAGGAUGAAUUUGGAAGAGACGUGUUGACUUGGGACGAAGCACUGAGAAAGAGCACCCAGGAGUUUCAACACCAUCACUACAACCUCUUCACUUGCAACUGCCACUCCUUCGUGGCCAACAACCUGAACAGGUUGGGCUUCCGAUCUGGCGGAUGGAACAUGGUGAACCUGGUUAUCCUGUUCCUUCUGGAGGGCCGCUGGGUGAACAAGGCGGCGAUCUUGAGAUCCGUCUUGCCAUUCGUCAUCAUCUUCCCGCUUGGGCUCAUCCUGGGAGGCUCGACAUUCCUGGCAAUCUGGGCAUCAUUGACCUUCCUCCUCGUGGGGUGGUUUUUCCUCGGGACAUACUGUUUUCCGAAUGCGAUCCAGUUGUAGAGCUCUCCCCGUAGUGGCAUGUAAAAACACCUUCGCACGGAUUUCUUAUCACUCCCGCGAGACGCGGUUUUUAGUGCACACUGUAUAUACUGGCAUACUGCGGCGUCAUUCUGAUUUCUGGUCUCUUGAAUUAGUCAGUGCCUUGUGGUUGGUAGUG